AUGGAGGCAUUAGCCAACAACACAAACAACUUCAUUAGCAAGACUGAUUCUGCAUUACAAACCCAAGCAUCACUGAUUCACAAUCAAGGGGCUUCCAUUAGAAAUCUUGAGAUACAAGUGGGGCAACUAGCUAAUGCUUUAUCUUCUAGAGAAAAAGGGGGACUUCCUAGCCAAACGGAAGUGAAUCCGAAAGGGAAGAAUCAUUGUUAUGCUAUUACUCUACGGAAUGGUAAUCUUGUGAAAACUACUGCUGAUCUAGAUGCUGAAAAAGCGAAAAAACUGAAAGAUGAAGAAUUACAGAAAAAUGCAGUUGAGGAGGGACAGAGCCCAACUCCGAUCGAUCGGACCUCAGCCCCGAUCGAUCGGACCACUGUAGACCAGAAUGAAAAAGUUGAAAAAAUGCAGAAAAGCAAGGAUGUGCAGUCUCGAUAUGCAAUUGAAAUGGAUUGGCCCGAUAGUUCAUUGCCAGCACCUCCAGUUAAAGCGUAUGUGCCUCCAAUUCCUUUUCCACAAAGGUUGAAAAACACCAAGAAUGAUUCUCAAUUCUCAAAAUUCCUUGAGGUGUUCAAGAAAUUACAGAUCAACAUACCUUUUGCAGAAGCUUUGGAGCAAAUGCCUAGCUAUGCCAAGUUUAUGAAGGAAAUUCUUUCUAAGAAGCGGAGGUUGAAGGAUUAUGAGAGUGUCCAAUUAACGGAUGAGUGUAGUGCCAUCGUGCAGCAAAAGCUUCCAAUUAAGAAGAAAGAUCCAGGAAGUUUCACCAUUCCUUACACCAUUGGUAGUACGGAAAUUGAAAGGGCGCUAUGUGAUUUGGGAGCUAGUAUCAAUUUGAUGCCACUAUCAAUAGCCAAGCUCAUUGGUUUGCAUGAAAUCAGCCCCACUACAAUGUCUCUUGUCAUGGCGGAUCGGUCAGUUAAAUAUCCCCGUGGUAUCAUUGAGGAUGUUCUUGUCAAGGUGGACAAAUUGGUAUUUCCAGUGGACUUUGUUAUUCUUGAUAUGGAGGAGAUGCCAAUACUCCAAUUAUUUUGGGGAGACCUUUCUUGCGUACGGGGAGAACUCUUAUUGAUGUUGAGAAGGGAACUUUGGUGUUGAGAAUUGUGGAUGAGCAAGUCACAUUCAAAAUCCUUGAAACUACCAAGUAUCCGGAGGAUGGGGAAUCUUGUUUUCGUAUAGACACGGUGGAUCAUAUAGUAGCACAUACUUUUGCCAUAACUUCUUGCAAAGAUCCUCUUGAGUCUUGCUUGGUGAAUGAGGAUGCUAUAGAA